AUGCGCAUGCGUUGAGCGCCGCCACGCCUGGUCUUGGGCGGUAGACUAGAGCGGGUCUUGCUUAGUAGAGCGGGCACAUCUUGGAGCUCGCGCCUCCUGCGGCGUCGCGGUCCCUGGUGAGCCGUAGAGGGCCAGUGCCAUGAUCCGACAAGAACUCUCCACGUCCUACCAGGAGCUCAGCGAGGAGUUGGAGCAGGUGGUUGAGAACUCGGAGCAGGCAGACGAACGAGACAAGGAGCUGGUCCAAGUACAAGGUCCAGGUGUCGUGCCAGGCGUGGACAACGAGUCCGCCUCCAGCAGCAUCCGCUUCAGCAAGGCUUGCCUGAAGAAUGUCUUCUCGGUCCUGCUCAUCCUCAUCUACCUGCUGCUCAUGGCGGUGGCCGUCUUCCUGGUCUACCAGACCAUCACGGACUUCCGGGAAAAGCUCAAGCACCCUGUCAUGUCCGUGUCUUACAAGGAGGUGGAUCGCUACGACGCUCCAGGGAUUGCCUUUUACCCUGGUCAGGCUCAGCUGCUCAGCUGUAAGCACCACUAUGAGGUUAUUCCACCUCUUGCCAGCCCUGGCCAGCCGGGAGACAGGAACUGCACCACUCAGAGGAUCAAUUACACCCACCCCUUCUUCAACCACACCAUGCAGUCAGCCCUGAUUGUCCAGGGGCCCCAGGAAGUGAAGAAGCGAGAGCUGGUGUUCCUCCAGUUUCGCCUGAACCAGAGCAAUGAGGACUUCAGUGCCAUAGACUACCUCCUCUUCUCUUCUUUCCGGGAGUUCAUGCAAAGCCCGGACAAGGCGGGCUUCAUGCAGGCCUGUGAGAGUGCUUACUCCAGUUGGAAGUUCUCCGGAGGCUUCCGCACCUGGGUCAAGAUGUCACUGGUGAAGACCAAAGAAGAGGACGGGCGAGAAGCUGUUGAGUUCCGUCAAGAGACCAGCGUGGUUAACUAUAUUGACCAGAGACCCGCAGCCGAGAGGAGUGCUCAGUUGUUCUUUGUGGUCUUCGAAUGGAAAGAUCCCUUCAUCCAGAAGGUCCAGGACAUAAUCACAGCCAAUCCUUGGAACACCAUCGCCCUGCUCUGCGGGGCUUUCCUGGCGUUGUUUAAAGCAGCAGAGUUUGCCAAACUAAGCGUGAAAUGGAUGAUCAAAAUCAGGAAACGAUACCUUAAACGGAGAGGCCAGGCGACAAACCACAUAAGCUGAAGCGCCCGUGCCACGGCACUCCGACAGAGCGAGACACCAGCAAUCCUGAACUCACUUGAAGGGACCCUGCAGGGAAGGACAGUCCCGUCCAUCGCACUGGAGGCUCAAACCCGGCCCGGGAGGGAAACGCCCAGUGAAUAACCUGAAACUUAUUUAAGUACUUAAAUUAUUAACGGACAUCUUGCAGAGCUGCCUAGUGCCUUGGAGAGGUUCCUCCUAUUUGGUCACUAAAUAGUUAAGGCUUCUUCUUUCCCUUAGGGCUUUUUUUCUUUAAAGCGGACUGAUGUGCCCUGUACGCAGAAUUCCUUUUAGACCAUCUACUGUUACUUAACAAGAACUUGUUAGAGCCUAGAUUUGACUUUUUUGUUUUUCCUUAAAUGUAGCCCCGCUGUAAUCACUGUGUAGACCAGGCCUUCCUCGUGCCUUCCCAUUGCUGAGACUAAGAGCCUACAUCACUCCCCGCAAGCUUUACACGAGACCUUAAAGGCUACUAGAAACUUGUGAUUGUAUUUCUGAUGUGCUAGAAGUGCUAGCAGAGGUAUAUACAGUAGGCACCUACUUAGUGUAUCUUGAUUUCAUUAACAGGUAAAUAAGGUUGGGCAAGCACAAAAGGGAUGGGAGUGAAUACCCAGUAAGCCAGCGGGCAGCAACGCUGGACGCUGAUGCUGUAUGGCCAGCAAACCCAGAAGGUAGUGUAAGUCUGGACCGCAGCAUAAUGGCUCUGACUCAGCACACAUCACUGCCAACAGGGAGGUAAGCUGUGCACUGUCCACAGGUGGCCAAGAGGGAUGGCCACACCACAUGAGCUAGUCCCUGCGUCCUACAGAAACACACACCUAAAAGGGUGGCCUUUAGGGCUUUGAUAAACAGCACCUCUACAUAAAACCAAAAACUCUAUAAUAGAGUUCCACAUGUGGCCAGAGGUAACAUUGAAGAACUUGUAAUUAUGCCUUAGGGAAUCGGAAGGGAAAUACUCACAGGUAUAAGGAGGACAUUUUUGUCUCUAAAUUAGCAGCAAGAAACUGUUUUGCCCAAAUCCCUAGAAAUAAACUUGUACUGUGAAAUAUUCCUGCUACCUUUGUCUCACAUAUAUACAAGAAUUUAGAUUUUUAGCCUAAAACUUUUAUUAUAAAACACCAUUUUAGCACAAAUGCCAAGCAUAAAGCAUCAGUGACAUUAAAAAUAUGUGAAGGACAGAAAGUCGAGGGGCAGGGGUGCAGUCCAGUCACAGGAUGUGUGCUUACCACGCAGGGCCCUUAAAGUUCACAGUUGCAUAGCACUUCAGUAGUUAAAUAUCUGCCUCAGUGAACACUAAAGCUUUAUUUUCCUGUAUUGUGAAAGCUGAGCUGCUUUUAAUUUUGCUUUAGAUAACUAGGAAGUAAUUUUUGCCUAUUCAUAGAAUAAAAACCCGACUUCCACUUUCUGGAAAGGCAA